ACAAUCCCUGUAAUCCAAAAACAAUUCCCUUUCUCUUCUUAUUAUAUAUAAAUAUUAACAUCCCCUCAGUCCCUCCUUCCAUUAUCCUAAACCACAGUCUUCUUCUUCUUCUUCUUCUUCUUCUUCAAUCAUGGCAGAUCUUGAUUUCACCUCCUCCUUCCCUCUUGAAGAUCCAAAUUUAGAGCUAAUGGCUUCUCACUUUUCUCCUUCAAUUCCCAAUUUCACUCACUUCUUACCAUUCUCCGCUACUACUACUACUACUGAUAUGUUUUUCCCUUCUCAUCAAACCCCAACAAAUUUUCCCGAAACUACUUCCUUCACUACUUCCCCCGUUUUACCAUCUCACUCUGUUUUGCAAUCUCACUCUGUUUUGCCAUCUCACUCUGUUUCUACUCAUCACUUUCAUGAUAUUAACAAGAGAAAAUCUAUGGAUGUUUCUGAAAGUACUUCUGGAAUUUCUACUCCCCAAGUCUCUGAAACUGGGUUCAAGACUAAAUAUAGCUCUGGGAAAGGGAAGAGAUUGAAAAGUAUAGAGAAAGAAGAGGAGAAAUCUACUAGAGAAGUGGUUCAUGUUAGAGCUAGAAGAGGCCAAGCCACUGAUAGCCACAGCUUAGCUGAAAGGGUGAGAAGAGGAAAAAUCAAUGAAAGACUGAGAUGCUUGAAAGACAUUGUCCCAGGAUGCUACAAGACCAUGGGCAUGGCAGUAAUGUUGGAUGAGAUAAUUAAUUAUGUCCAGUCUCUGCAGAAUCAAGUGGAGUUCCUAUCUAUGAAACUUGCUGCAGCUAGCUCUUUCUAUGACUUCAACUCAGAGGCAGAUGCCAUAUCAAAAUUACAAAGGGCAAAGGCACAUGAAGCAAAAGAAUUGGAGAGAUUGAUGAAAGAAGGAUAUGGAGGAAUGGCUUGCUUCCACUCAAAUUUGCCCCUUUGACUUCUAUUUCUAGAUGUCAACUUCUCAUUCCUCAAAACAAAACACUAGGAAAAAAAAAAUCAUCCAUUUCAACUUGUUUUUCUUUUUCUUUUUCUUUUUUUGUUCAGAUUUUAUAGAUAAAUUUGGUCCUCAAUUAAUGAUAGUGUACUUAAUACAAUGGAAAUUUAUACUUAAAAAAUGAAGCUCAUUCCACUGGAAAUUCUACUGUAUGGAGUCACUAGUGUUAAAGAAAAAAUAUAUGUACAUUCCAUAAUAUAAGUUGUACAAACAACAAUACCCAAGCCUAGAAAUUAUUCUUUAUAUUUUGUUCUUUCAGAGAAA